GAAUAUAAAGGGCGGGCGGUGGGGCCCCGCCUCAGAGGGCCCCAAACGUGACACCAUGAAGAUGCCAGUCCUUCCUGCUGUGGCGCUGCUCUCCCUCCUGGCGCUCCACUCUGCUCAGGGGGCCACCCUGGGGAGUUCUGAGGAAGAAACCACCAUUGGUAAUUAUGCGGCAGGACCUGAGGCCUUUAACACACAGUUCCUGAACCUGGACAAGCUGCGAUCAGUGUUUAAGCCCGAUGAAUUCCUGAACUGGCAUGCCCUCUUUGAGUCUAUCAAAAGGAAACUUCCUUUCCUCAACUGGGAUGCCUUUCCUAAGCUCAAAGGACUGAGGAGUGCAAGUCCUGAUGCCCAGUGACCUCCCGCUGCUGACACCCACUGGAGGGGCCGGCAUGGGAUCAGAUCAGCAUCCAACCGUCACUCUCCUGGCUCAGGAACGCCAAUAAAAUGUUUUCCAGCCACACA